AUGCUGGUGCCGAGUACGGUAGUACGCAGCGGGGGGCUGCUUUCGGGUGCCCGCCUGGGCUGUCGUGUGCGGGAGGAGGACGUGGGACGUCGCGAGACGUUCAGUGCCGAAUGGCUGGACCUGGAGCUCAGUACCCGGCCUGAGGAUGGGUGGUGCCGGCGGGAGGUGGACGAGCAGCGCCGGGAGACGGUGGAGCAUCGUGGGGAGAUGCGGGUGCUGGAGCAGCGAUCGCCCUGGGGGCUGCUGCGGUUCGGAUGCUUGGGGCAGCCCCUGACCCAGCACCUCCUGCCCUAUGCCCGCACCUUGCCCCUACCCCUCUUCGCGCCCCCGGACCUCCGCGGUGCCAAGGCGGGGGUCCCCCGCACCCUCUCCCGCUCCCUCUCCCACGAGGCCAAGCGGGGUUGA